ACUUCCUCUUGCGGUGAUUUGGAGACUGCGCAUCUGGAUUUCUUAAACAUACAAAGGAAUUGCUGGAGCAAGCAAAAGCAGAGAGAGUCCUGAGGAAAGUUAAGAUGUGUUGAUAAGCAGCUGAUGGGACCUUGCAACUCAAGACACUGACCGUGCCAAGCUCUUUACGAAGACAGGGCUUCAGGGAAAUAAUACGAAUCGAAGCAAAAUGAAGAUGCACAUCUCCUUCGGCUUUGCUGGUUGCAUGCUUAAAAUCCUGUCGAUCCACAUCUCCAUUUUUCACCCAGCCUCAGCCCCACCACCACCAACCUCGAGGCUUUCAGAAGACAUACCAGGCAGAGAACUGAUCCCAUCACCCAUCAUAAAAUUUCCAGGGGACAUUUCUCCAAAAACUGACAAAGAACUGGCAUUGCAAUACCUCAACAAGUAUUAUGGGUGCCCAAAAGACAACUGCAACCUCAUGGUGCUGAAAGAUACCUUGAAGAAAAUGCAGAAAUUCUUUGGGCUUCCUGAAACUGGAGAACUGGACCAAAACACCAUAGAUACAAUGAAGAAGCCCCGUUGUGGCAAUCCGGAUGUGGCCAAUUAUAAUUUCUUCCCGAGAAAACCAAAAUGGGAGAAAAAUCUCGUCACAUACAGGAUUUUAGGCUACACCCCAGAUCUGGACUCAGAAACUGUGGAUGAUGCUUUUGCCCGAGCCUUUAAAGUCUGGAGUGAUGUCACACCAUUGGAGUUUUCCCGAAUUCAUGAUGGUGAAGCAGAUAUCAUGAUCAAUUUUGGACGAUGGGAGCAUGGUGAUGGGUAUCCUUUUGAUGGCAAGGAUGGUCUCCUGGCUCACGCCUUUGCCCCUGGACCCGGGGUUGGUGGGGACUCCCAUUUUGACGAUGAUGAGCUUUGGACUUUGGGUGAAGGACAAGUUGUUAGAGUGAAAUACGGCAAUGCAGAUGGGGAAUUCUGCAAAUUCCCAUUCCUGUUCAAUGACAAAGAAUAUAACAGCUGCACAGACGCAGGUCGGAGUGAUGGAUUCCUUUGGUGUUCGACAACAUACAACUUUGAUGCGGAUGGCAAAUACGGAUUCUGUCCCCAUGAAUUGCUAUUCACAAUGGCUGGAAAUGGUGAUGGGCAGCCGUGCAAGUUCCCCUUCAAAUUUCAAGGCAGCACCUAUGAUAGCUGUACCACGGAAGGAAGAACAGAUGGAUACAGAUGGUGUGGGACCACUGAAGAUUAUGACCGAGAUAAGAAAUUUGGAUUUUGUCCAGAGACAGCAAUGUCAACGGUUGGUGGAAACUCUGAAGGAGCACCCUGUGUUUUUCCUUUCAUAUUCCUUGGGAAUAAGUACGAGUCCUGUACCAGCUCUGGGCGUCAGGAUGGGAAGAUGUGGUGCUCCUCAACUAGCAACUAUGACGAAGACCGCAAGUGGGGAUUUUGUCCAGAUCAAGGCUACAGCCUUUUCCUGGUUGCUGCUCAUGAAUUUGGUCAUGCCAUGGGACUAGAGCAUUCUGAAGAUCCUGGAGCACUCAUGGCCCCCAUCUAUACCUACACCAAGAACUUUCGGCUUUCCCAGGAUGACAUCACGGGAAUUCAGGAACUUUAUGGAGGCUCUACUGAUGUUGGUCCAGGCCCAAGUCCAACACUUGGGCCAGUUACCCCUGAACUAUGCAACCAAGACAUUGUAUUUGAUGCUGUUGCUCAACUCAGAGGGGAAAUCUUCUACUUCAAAGACCGAUUCAUCUGGAGGACGGCAAACCAGCGAAACAGGCCAAGUGGUCCUUUGCUGAUUGCUACGUUCUGGCCAGAGCUCCCAGAAAAAAUUGACGCUGUCUACGAGGCCCCUCAAGAAGAGAAAUCAGUCUUUUUUUCAGGAAAUGAAUACUGGGUUUAUUCAGGCUACAACUUGGAAAGAGGUUAUCCAAAGAGACUCACCAGUCUGGGUUUACCUCCUGACGUGCAACAUGUCAAUGCAGCUUUUAGUUGGAGCAAAAACAAGAAGACCUACAUUUUUGCAGGGGACAAAUUUUGGAGGUACAAUGAAGUAAAGAAGAAAAUGGACCCUGGCUUCCCUAAAUUAAUUGCAGAUGCUUGGAAUGGUGUUCCAGACAACCUAGAUGCUGUGUUUGAUGUGAGCGGAAGUGGCCACAGCUAUUUCUUCAAGGACUGGUAUUAUCUCAAAAUGGAAGACCAGAGUCUAAAGAUUGUUAAAGUUGGCAAUGUGAAAUCUGAUUGGCUGGGUUGCUAAGCAGCAUGUCGUCUUAAUAAUGUCAACUACAGCAAAAUCUACACUUUUUUGUUUUUGUUUUGUAAAAGUCUUAUGUCUUACCUGCAAUUAGAGAUAGAUCUGUAUGCUAAUUCAUGGGCCAGUCUGGUACUGGCACCAAGUCACUAAGUACCACUAUUUGACAGAACUUAUUAUUAUUAUUAUUAAAUCAUUCUGUUUAAGCAUAUGUACUUAGAAGCAAGUUCCAUAAAAUGCAUGGAAUUUUCUUUUAAGUAAAUGCAUUUAGAAUUGGGGCACAGUAGGUCUUUGUUUCUUCCUCUCUUCAUUCAUUAAUUUAAGACUUUUGCAACUUUUUGGCAUGCAGCAAGUUAUGUUUACUUAUGUAGCCUGAUACUUGCUACAUUUUUCUGUGUGUGCAGAUUGGUGCUAAGGACAGAACAGCAAACUCUGAAGGAAUUCUCACCUGGGCAGAGAUCAGAUGUUUGAAUGUGCCUGCAUAUAAAUAAAUGAAUCCUGCUGUACAUUGAAAGCUAGCAUUGCAAGGAGAAAGCUAAGGUCAAACAUUCUUCCUGACAUGCUAGAUUUCCAAGUGCAUGGAGGUUUGUUUACUUAUAUGGGAGAACAUACAAACACUUGACCUCACAGCUGCAGUCUGAAGUGGUGCCAUCUAGCAACAGAUACUUCACAUGGAACUGCUGGUUAUGUAACUUAGUUCUUAGUCACUUGAUAGUCAAUGGAUUUCAACAUGUCUUGGUGAGGCCAUAGUAAUGUACACUACUGGAGCCAAAGUAAAAUUGUACUGUCUUUCAAAAUCCAGCUCCAUCCCCCCAAAAGAAAAUACUCAAGUUCUUGAAAUGGUUGUUUGCCAUUUAAAACAGAUCAGUGCACAAAUAUCCACCAAGAAGGGCCCUCAAAACUGUAACUUGGAUUUCAGAAUUAAAAUGUUGACACAUGGAUCCUUUCUGAGCUUUAAUGUGUGUUUUCUGUUUGGUUUUUAAACCCAGCUUCAGUUCAAGUUUGCCAAAGGGUUGAAUGCAAUAUUCUUUCUACUCAGAGUUGACCCAUUAAAAUAGAUGGACCUAAGGUAGUCAUGACCGUUAAUUUCAACAGGUCAACUCUGGGUUAGGACUAAUGUUGCGUCCAAGCCAUACUCACUGUCUGUUAAUAGUUCCACUCGUGUCAUUCCCUGGAAAACUUCAUUUUUUUCUUUACAUUCACAUUUUUUCACACACCAAAGUGGAAAGACUGACCAAGGGCACGGGAUGCCUAGGAAUUGGUUGGAACAUGAUGGGAUCAACAGGGACAAACUUGUAUGAAAAGUAUUGUUUUAAAGUACUUUUUACUGGAAUGCCUUUACCUUAAAUUAGCAAACUGCUUCUUGCACUUUCUUUCCUAUUACAACCUCCCCCUCCCUUUCUUUUUAUACUGUCAGAAUGGCUCAGAUAUUUGAAGUCGACGUCUUAUAUAGAAAUGCCAAGUUUGGACA